CCUAGAAUGUACGAAGUAUGAAUCUAGGAAAAUUGGAAAUCGUCAGAAAUGAAAUGGAACGCAUAAACAUGGAUAUCUUAGGCGUUAGUGAGCUGAAAUGGACUGGUUAUUGGCCAUUUUGAAUCGGAAGAUCAAAUAGUCUACUAUGCUGGGAAUGACAACUCGAAGAGGAAUGGUGUCGCAUUCAUUGUCAAAAAGAACGUUUCAAGAUCUAUCCUGAAGUAAAACGCUGUCAGUGAUAGGAUAAUAUCCAUACGCCUACAAGGAAGACCAGUUAAUAACGACUAUUAUUCAAAUUUAUGCACCAACCACUAGGGCCAAAGAUGAAGAAAUAGAAGAUUUUUAUCAGCUGCUGCAGUCUGAAAUCGAUUGAACAUGCAAUCAAGAUGCAUUGAUAAUUACUGGCGUUUGGAAUGCGAAAGUUGGAAACAAAGAAGAAGGAUCAGUAGUUGGAAAAUAUGGCCUUGGGAAUAGAAACAAUGCUGGAGAUCGAAUGAUAGAAUUUUGCAAGACCAAGGACUUCUUCAUUGCAAAUACCUUCUUUCACCAACAGAAAUGGUGACUAUACACAUGGACCUCGCCAGAUGGAACACACAGAAAUCAAAUUGACUACAUCUGUGGAAAGAGACUGAUGGAUAUCAUAUUAGAUUAUGUUAAAUAUAUUAACUAAGUAACUGAUGCUGUGGGUAACUGAUACAUUUUAAAUACGUAAUUGACAUUCAUAGUGGGACAACAUCAGGAGGCAUAAGAGUCUCAGGCCUUGUGUGUGCUGGGUGUAACGCACUUGUGCCCAAAUACGAGAGACCGUGGGACUUGACGCCUUUCCUCCCAAGUGAGAAGGCAUGGCGCUGUGGGGCUGAUCCUGUUGGAGAGGUGAUGUCUCCAUUGACGACUCCAGAAUUACCUGUCCACUGUGGGAAGGUUCUUAUUGUAAAACGAAAGAUGGAGUUAAGCAAACAGAAGAAAAUAAAAACUGCCUGUGAUCCCACCACCCGGGACAAGGGGUGUUAGUUUGGUGUAUUUAUCACAUCUGUAUUUCCCCAAACACAGACACAUUAAAAAGAAAUGAAGUCUGGCGUGUGUGUGUGUGUGUGUGUGUGUGUGUGUGUGUGUGUGUGUACCAUUAUCCAUUUCCAAAACUUUUUCAUCACCUUGGACAGAAAUGAAGACUCCCCAUCUCCUCUUGCCUGCCGCUGGCAACCACUAAUAACCUUUCGCCUCUACGGAUUUGCCUAUUCUAGAUGUUUCAUAUUCUGAGGGCCCCCUAUAUGGUGUCGCCCCAGUGCAGGAUGAGGAGAGCCUGGUCUGCCCUGAUGAGUUUGACGACUUUGUCACCUAUGAGGAAGGAGUGAGGUUUACGGAAACUCCGAAGCAGGAGAUCCUCGCCCUGGGCCUGAGGGAGCUGCAGUGCUGUUGCCUUGCCUCCCAGCGGAUGCCCGCCCGGGACCAGGUCCACACGCCCAGUGGAGACCACCGUGCACAUGCAGGCACAGAGGUGACGGACAGCGCAUACAUGGGCUCCGAGAGUACCUACAGCGAGUGCGAGACUUUCACAGAUGAGGACACAAGCACCCUGGUGCAUCCUGAGCUGCAGCAUGAGGCCGAUGCGGACAGCGCUGGUGGUUCAGCUGUGCCCUCCGAGUACCUGGACGCCAUGGAGGAGUCUGACCCUGGUGCCAUGGUGCUGUUACCUGGCAGACCCCACCUGCACAGCCCACCUGUUGUCACGGUGAUCAGUGGCGAAGAGCACUUCGAGGACUACGGCGAGGGCAGCGAGGGCAGACUGUUCCCAGAGGCGCCCUGCAGUGGGGAGGAAGGCUCCAGUGGCCCUGCCCUGCUCACCCCCAGCCACAGAGGCCAAGGGAUGAAGAGUGGAGGCGGGCACCGGAGCCUCCACGGUGAGGUAUUUUACAGCAGGGUCUGUCCAAUCUCUUGUCCUGGAUGUGCAGCCCCCCGUGGGAUCCCUGGGUCCCAGCAGACCUUGGCCUCUCCUGAACCGACUUCUCGUCUCUCCAGCUCUGACCUGCUUGCUGCUAAGCUGCACAGCAUCUUCACUGAUGAGGCAUUUGAGUUUUACUGUACCCAGUGCCACAAACAAAUCAAUCGCCUUGAGGAUCUCUCUGCCCGCCUGAGUGAUCUUGAGAUGAAUAGCCCGACAAAGCAGCUUUCCAGCAAGAAGGUUGCAAGGCACCUGCACCAGUCAGGGGCCCUGACCAUGGAGGCUCUGGAGGACCUGCCCCCCGAGCCCGUGGAGGGCACCGAGGAGGCCAUUGCUGACAAGGUUGUCUUCCUGGAGAAGCGGGUGUCUGAGCUAGAGAAAGACAGUGCAGCCAACGGGGAGCAGCACAGCCGCCUGCGACAGGAGAACCUACAGCUCGUGCACAGAGCCAAUGCCCUGGAGGAGCAGCUGAAGGAGCAGGAGCUACGAACCUGCGAGCUAGUCCUGGAGGAGGCCCGAAAGCAGAGGGAGCUGCUAUGCAGGAUGGAACGGGAGAAGAGCAUCGAGAUUGAGAACCUGCAGGCCAGGUUGCAACAGCUGGAUGAGGAGAAUGGUGAGCUUCGGUCCUGUGCUCCCUGCCUGAAAGCCAGCAUUGAGCGCUUGGAGGAGGAGAAGCAGAAACUGCUGGAUGAGAUCGAGGACCUGACACUGCGGCUCAGUGAGGAGCAGGAGGACCGGCGCAGGAUGGGCGACCGACUGAGCCAUGAGCGGCACCAGUUCCAGAGGGACAAGGAGUCCACCCAGGAGGUGAUCGAGGAUCUCCGGAAGCAGCUGGAGCACCUGCAGCUGUUGAAGCUGGAGGCAGAGCAACGGCGGGGCCGGAGCAGCAGCGCAGGCCUCCAGGAGUACAAUAGCCGCACCCGAGAGAGUGAGCUGGAGCAGGAGGUCCGCAGGCUGAAGCAGGACAACCAGAGCCUCAAGGAGCAGAAUGAUGAGCUCAAUGGGCAGAUCAUCAACCUGAGCAUCCAGGGGGCCAAGAACCUCUUCUCUACAUCUUUCUCCGAGUCCCUGGCUGCAGAGAUCAGCUCUGUGUCCCGAGAUGAGCUCAUGGAGGCCAUCCAGAAGCAGGAGGAGAUCAACUUUCGCCUGCAGGACUACAUCGAUCGCAUCAUUGUGGCCAUCAUGGAGACCAACCCCUCCAUCCUGGAGGUGAAGUAGGACACUGGAUGCCAUGCACAAGACUGCACAGAGCCGAGACCAUGGCCCAACAGCUGACCUCCCAGAACGAGGCCGGUGGCCAUGGGCCAGGGCGCUGGGUGGGAGGUGCGGGGGCCAUACAGGAGAGGUGCUGGGGCCUUCAUUUGCCCUGACCCCAUGUCUGCCCCGUGGGCACAGAGCCUGCACUGCUCCCUCCUCUUGCAUAGACUACAGGCAGUUCCUGGGCCUGGUGAGUGCCCCCACCAUCCCGUUAAACCCGCUUGCCUCUGUCUGCCCAGCCCCAGGGGCUUUGGUGCAUCAGGGAACAGAAACAUGGGACAGGCCUCAGCCCCUGCUUGGAUGCAAUGGUUGGGGAGGCCAGUGGGGAGUCGCAGGGCCCCCUCCCUUCUCAGCUUUCUGGGGCAUCUCCCUGUAGUAGCCUGUGUCACCCCUGAACUACUCAGGGCACUUGGUCGAACCCACAGGCCUCCCCACCAGUGGCUGGACCCUUCCUGCAAUAACCCUCAGGAGGCUUUGACUAGGGCUUCCUUGGGGGCUAGGGCAGGAGCCCAGCAGACACUCUGUUCUUAAACCGGGACUGAGUGAUUCUAGCCAUGUGGAGCUUCCCUCUGCAUCCACAGCAGGUGGGGCUGUGGCCAUACCUGGUCCUAUGGAGCCUGUGCCCUCUGUGGACUGGGCUGUACACACCACCUGGGGAGGCCUGGAUCCCACAGGCCAGGCCCAAAGCCUGGACCCUCUUCUUCUGGGUGUUUGGCUUAUAAAUAGUUCUCUUCCCUGAGGGUGGGGAAAAGGCUGGAGUCAAAGUGUCCAUGCUCUGGCUCUCUGAGAACAGUGGUGUCACCUCUAGGAGCUGCCAAGCUUCCCCCUCCCCCCCGCCCCCAGCCUAAGCACUGGGCAGGAGCCUGUUGGCAGCUCCGGGUGGACUGAGACCUGCCCCGCAGACUGGCUGCCCCAUGUGUAUGCACAUACGAUGUAUGUGUGUGUGAGUGCGUGUGUGACUGCUCCAACAUCUGCCCAUACUCCAUGGGGUCCACCUUCCAUACUUCCAUACAGUUAAGAUGUUGUCUCGUAUUGUACAUUUUGGGGAAAGCCUUGGGUGUAAAUCAGUGUAAACUUGGAGGAGAGAUUUUUCUAUCAUGUAGAGUAGGUAUUUUUUAUAGAUUGAAGGUUGAUCAAUUUUUUAAUACUUUCAAGAGAGAAACUAUCUGUGUACACAUGAAAUAUAUAUAUGUAUAAUAUAUAAAUAUUGGAGCUCUGCUUUCUGUGCCCAGCGACAUGGCCUCUCGUCUUGAUCCUGCUGUUGCUAACCAGUGCUGUCACUGAUUGGGGACGCUGGGACCAUGCCCUGGCACUGACCUGGACCCUGGAUGUGACUCCCAGACAGCGCAAUGAGGCCGCGGUGAUGGGACAGGGCAGCUGUGAUAAUUAAAGCUUUUACUGCACACGAGAGGCGGCUCCUUCCUCUGUGGUCACCAGUGGGCAGGAGCAUGGGCACCCGGCACAGAGGAGCAUGGCCACUUCCUGGACAGGGUCUGGGUCUCAAGCCUACAGGUUUGGGCACUCCUAGGGGUGGCCACAUGAUGGGGGCUCAGCCAUGCCUGGAUUUCCUCUAGGCCCCCCUCACUUGCCCCUCUUAGGACAGUCAGGGGUAAGGGCAGAGCAUGAGGUAUCUCAGAGGGUUGCAUGUCUCGGAUACAGCUGCCCCAGCCCCUUGGACAGUGGUGUGCUAGCAUGGAGGUGGUCAGAGAAGGCCCCUUCCAGGGCAGCUGCACCAAGCUCCCAAAUCGAGGGGAGCGAGAAGGCAAAGGCCUCGAGCUGGUGGUGGUCACAAAGAGUGGCAGUUACAGUGGGACAUCAGAGAGGAGGUUUCAAGGACUGCGGCCAGCUCCGACUCGAGGAACUGAGCUCUGGGAGCUGGGUAAUGAGCCAGUCUGGAAGAGGCGCCAGCCAGGCGGGUGCACUUUCUCCAAAGCUAGAGGGGAGCCCAGCUCCACUUAACUGCCUGCCGGCCAGACCUGAAUUCACACAGAUGGAGACAGAUCCCUGGGGCAGAGAAGGGGGUUGAGCCCUGGUCUGCCAGCCCGCGGGGGUGAGGCGCACAGGGCAGGACCCCCUCUCCCCGCAGGACUGCAGGUGGCAGCUCUGGGCCCAAGGCCUGCAGGCUGAGGCGCAGUAGGACUCAGGGUCGCUCGGAGGGCAUAGACUGUCCCAGGCCGACAUCCUGCUCUUCCUGAAGGGAGCCCUUCAUGUUCCAAGCCCCACUCUUCCCACUAGCACGCCCAGGGCUGCUGCCCUCCUGUGCCCUCAUUAUCCAGACCCUGCUGUAGGCCUCAUGGGCUGCGUGUCUGGCAUGUGCAGAGGACCCUGCUAGACACUGGGGGGCUCCAGAGCGCUGCAUCCAAUGAGCUCAGCAAGGGGCUGUUAGUUGGGCUCCUUAGAGGGGAGCUCGGGAGACCUGGGAGGAGGGAGCCAUGCCCCCAACGCUCUGUGGCCCAGCCCCCAUGUCUCCCUGGCUGGCCAAGAGGCUGCAUGUCACCUGUUUUCCCACCUGUCAUCCACCCAUAAGCACCUGCAGGGGCCUCACUCUGUCUUGGAGAAGAGGCUGGAAGUGGGGAGGGAGCACAGGGGUCUCUGACAGGAACACACAUACCUCCUCAGGCCUGAGUCUGCCACAACCCACCCUGCGACUGCCUCACAGCGUAGCGCCCUAUUUCUCAUUCCACAGGAAGGGCAGCCAUAGCUUCCUGACGGCCUCACCCAGCCUUGUCGCACCUAGGAGGUCAUUUCCAUUUUUUAAACAUGGGGCCUUCCCAAGUCUGGUGGGCCACAUGGAUUGAGGGUCCUUGUCCCGCAGGGCUCCCCCAGCCCAAGGGGGCACAGUCCCUAUUUGGGACUGACAAGGAGGGUGGAGAACAUAUAAUGAAGGGCUGCCUGACAGCUUCUGACCCAGGGGGCUGGAGCAGUUGAGAGGGUGUCCUGGAGGAGGCUCAGAGACGGGACAGUCAGGCGGGGCCUGUCGGGGUCUUUGCCCUAGGCUCUUGGUGACCUGGCCUGUGGAAGAAUAGGCCAGGCUGUGCCUCCCUGGAGAAGCGCCCCGGGUGGUGGUGACCUCUCUCCAGGUGGACCUCUCAUUGCCCUUGCCUUGGGCAGCUCCAGGCUCUCCCAGGAAGGGUGUCAGCAAGCUACUGGGCCUCCCAAGGCCACCCUUUUCCCCCAGGACCCGUCCUCUGCCUGCCGGAGGGACAGGGAUUCCAGCAAAGGGGUUUGGUUUUCACCUGGUAGGCCCCAUGCUUCGGCACAAGUGGCUUGCAAAGCAGGCGGCUAAUGAACCACUCGGGGAGACCCGUAUAGACGGGGAUGAUCAGAUCUCUGCCUCCCUGCCACAGGGGCUCCCCUCCCCGACGAAUCCUGGAGCCUCAGCUCCACGGGGCGGGGGCUGUGUUUGGCUGCACCCCAAAGCUCACUCAUGCUGUCCACCCCUCUCUCUGGAUUUGGGCCUUUCCCUUCCUUCAUACCUCAUCCGGCAUGGAGCAGGGCUUAGCCAGUGGUUUUGGACGAUCCAAAGUCACCUUCUGCUGUAUAUAAAAAAAAAAAAGUUAUUUUAAAUUGACGCUGUGUGCCUGAUGUUUC